UCCCUGCUACGAACAAGCUGCACAAACUGGCAGCCGCAAAGAUCCACAGUUUCGCGAUAACACUGCUCGCAGUAAGGCGAUGCCCGACUCAUGGAAAGCAAGCGGACGAUAGUCCUGGUAUUUCGCCGCGUUUUCCAAAGUACGGGCUGCCAUGCGAGACCGAUCAUCUCACCUUCCACAUGGCUUCAAGAUGCUGCUGCUGCUGCUGCUGCUGCUGCUGCUGGGAGCUGCGGUGCUACGGCUGCUGCAGUGGCUGAGAAGGCUGCGACCAUGACAGUGCUGCUGGGCCUAAUAUCUGGGAACCUCGCUUUUCCUGGCGCGGCGGAGCUGGCAGCCCACAUGGACGAGAUACUGCCACCGGAGCAAAUACAAGACGCCCAGGAGGAAGCGCCCGUGGCCGUCGCUGCUCCUCGGCGUCCCUACUCGUUCAGCUACACGGCGACCGAUCCGCGGGACGGCUCCUCGCACGGCCGCUCCGAGACGGCGGACGUGACGGGCCGCGUGACGGGCUUCUACACCCUGCGGACGGCCGACGGCCGCAGCCGACGGGUCAACUACGUGGCCGACGAACGGGGAUUCCGCGCCGAGGUGCUCACCAACGAGCCCGGCACGGCCAGCCUCAAUCCCGCCAACGUCGUCUUCAGGUCUUCUGCCAGGCUGCCGUUCCCGUCUCGCGGUCCGACAAGCAGCGCCGCCGCGUCUGCAGCGGCUGCCGCGGCAUCUGCGGCAGCCGCUUCGGCGGCUACGUCGUACGUCCCCGUGUCGGUUCUGCUGCCGUCCCAGACCGAGAGGCAUCCGGCCAGGACAAUCACCGUGCCGCCCGGACACAGAGCCAUCAUCGUGCCAAUCGAACCGGAGCAGGACACUACCGGGAAAUGAAGUUACGCCGACCCCCCCCCCCCCCCCCCUCCCGAUCCGCGACCGAAUCUGGACAAGUUUGAGGAACCACGAAUGGCACAUUGCCAGGCCUGUACUUCAUCGUUGCCCUUUUUGUUUGUAAAUUUGUGUUGCUUUAAAAUAAAAUA